UAUAGGGGGAUUACCCACUUUUCAGGAAAAUUAUACUUUUGUUUGUUUGUUCCUUUAAAGUUAAUUAACCGAGAAACGUACAUAAGUCACGGAAUUUAACCAGUUUGUUUGAAAUGGUAACUUGUACCUCUAGGAUAUUAUCAACAGUAUUUGGAAAAAGUACAUCAAGCUUUUCACGAUGUAGCCGCAACUUUUCUACUUACGGAAAGAGACUAAAGCAAGACGUACAACCAGGCAGUAAGAAUCCAGACAGCAGAGACCAUAUGAAGCGAACUGAGCAUAGUCCAAGGAAAAAGAUUUUCUGUUCAUCCAAAGUUGUAUCUAUUGAAGAUAUUUCUCCUUCAGUUAAAGGCCUCAAACUUUUCAUAGAAUCAAAUGAAAGACCUGCUGCUACAUUUAAGGCUGGACAGUGGAUAGACAUGGUGAUACCAGGUGUUGACACUGUGGGUGGAUUUUCAAUAUGCAACGCACCAAAGGACUUGGUUGAUAACGGGCACCUUCAACUUGCAGUUAAGUUCAGCGACCAUCCUCCAGCACACUGGAUACAUACAAAGUGCACUGUAGGAAACAAAGUGUCAGUUCGCGUUGGUGGAAAGUUUUUCUACCAAGAAACAAAUAAAAAGCACCUCGUGUUGAUAGCAGGGGGUGUUGGAAUUAAUCCACUGUUUUCUAUUUUACAACAUAGACGGAAUUUAACAAUUGGAAAAUCAAAUGGUGUUAAUGAUCAGCACACAGCACUGGUGUACAGUGCUAAAACAUUACAAGAACUGCUUUUUCAGGAGGAAAUUAGGAAAAUUUGCACUGAAAUCGGUGCUCAAUGUGAUUUUCAUGUAACUCAAGAAGUCGUUCAAAAACUUUCCGACAUUUCUGGAAAUUUUAACACAGAAAAGAUUUCUGAGAAAAGUUUGUCAUUCUCGCUCAGUUCCAUAGAACCUGACAUUGCUGAUUGUUAUAUUUGUGGACCCCCCAAAUUUAUUGAAAGGAUAGAAGAAUAUUUAUUGCAGUUAGGAUAUAAUCAAGAUCAUAUAUUUUAUGAAAAGUGGUGGUAACUACUAAAUAAAAUAUAAAACAUAAUAUCGACCUUUUUAAGCUGCGGAAAUUUGAAUAAUUCAUAUUGUUUAACUUGAAUUAUUCUCAGCUUAUAUCCGCCAGUGCUUUUAUGCAUAAAUUUAUUCUUUCCAUUUUGUCGGUUUCAUUGUCCCAAUCCAAGACCUGCUGAUAAGCAUCAAUAGCUGUUUGAAAUGCUGUUUUAGCAUUUCCCAACAUUUUAAGCUUUGAGUAAGCCACCCCUAAGUUAUUGUGGCACAGUCCAUAAAGUCGGUAUAAAACAGCGUCUUUCUUGAAUUCCAAUUCCAUUAAAUGUAUUGCUCUUUGAUGCACUUUAAUUGACUCUUGAUAAUGGAAAAGUCUAUUGUAACAGAAACCCGUACACUUCAAACAUCUGCUUAACUGCCUGCACUUGAAAUGUGAUUCUAUGUUGGUAACAGUUUCAACUGCUCCCGAAAUUUCUUGUAACAAUGAAAAUCCGAAACUGUCAAAGUCAUCUUUUUUUCUUGAAUUCUUAACAAAUGCCACUAGUUCUUGCAUGGUGGCAGCGCAUACAACCAACUGUUCAAUGCACCUUCGUGGGUCACUGUUUUCUUUACAAAGCUGCACUAACAAAUGCAUUACAUUGAUAGCAGCAAUAAUGUCUUCCCGCUCUCCCAGUUUAACUGCCAUGUCUCUGCAAUCUUUUAAUAUUUUGUUCCAGUCAUCUUCAACGAACUCUUCUUUAUGCUUUACUGCCACAUUGACCAUUUGUUGCAAAACUUGGGGAACAUGCUCAGUUUCUUCAAGUCCCACCAAACACUUGGCAAUAUCUGUCUUCACCUGACACUUGGUAACCCCAACAACUUGUUCAUCGAGUCUUUUUAGAAUAUUUCUAGCUUUCUCAUAUUCUGAUUCUCGUUGGUAUGAAGCAGCCAUCUCUGCCAAAAGUAAAACACUUGAAUAUGCUUUGGGUGCAUACAGGAUAACCAGAAAAACUCUUCCCCCAAAAAGGAGGGAAAACGAAGGUACAAUAAGUUACUUACUAACCAAACAGUUUGGGAAGUUGGUAAGCUUCGUUUGCUGAUUCGGACAUCAAUACAGGCGGUAAGUCUCCCUGAGAAAUAAAGCGGUUAUCUCCACAUUCUACAGCGUGUACGCGCAUGAAUAAUUAAAUAUACCGACACCAUACAGAUAU